AUGGCGUUUUCCAGGAAGCGGAAAUGGCUAUCGGUCCCCUUCACCAUUACUUCGCUGAGAGAAAACGUCAAUGACUUCAGCGUUCCCUUCUUAGAGGACAGUACCGGUAUCUUAACGGUCUCCCCGGGGUAUGGGAGCAACAAGAGUCUGUUCCAGACAAUAAAGUCUUACUCCGUUCAGGUGUGGAUCUGUGUUCUCUGCUCUGUUUUUGUUAUUGGCGGUACCUCGCUGGUUGUGAACCGAUUUACGCCAUUCGGGAGGAAACCAGAGGCUCGCCCCUUUCAGGCAAAGUACGAGUGUAGCCUGGAGGAUAACAUGUGGAUGGCGUACAGCUCAGUCACAAAACUAGCCAACCUGGCCGCUUUCCUCACCGUAUCCCUGCCACCACCGCCUAUUAACACGUUGGGGGAGCUUCUAGCUCAAGAUAAGAUACAGCCAAUCGUCCAAGCGGGAAAGAGCUUUGAGACCGUUUUCAAGGACUCCACAUCAGAGCUGUACAUGACGGCCUGGAACAGGAUGAAACACUCUCCACAGAUUCCUGUACAGAGUCAGAUUUUAGAUUUGAUCAGUACGGGGCAGUUUGCUUAUGUCGGGGACAGGCCAUUGCUAGAUUACAUCGCCAGUAACAGCUGUCUUACGUUCUCUGUAGCCGCGGGCAGUUUUGAUGCUAUGAGGUACGGGAUGGUGCUUCCACAAGGAGCUCGCUACGCACGGACCGUCAACCACCUGUAA